UUGAUUAAACUUUUUACUAUUUAAAUACAAAAUGUCUACCACUACUACUAUAAAUAAAUUGGCAUUAGCUGAAUAUUCCGCCGAAUUGAUGGUGUAUUUCGAAAAACAUAAAAUUAUCGAAAUUAUAACGCGUUUAAUGGUUGAAAUUGGCUUGAUUCGGCCCACUAAUCCACAAAACUGGAUCGCUAUUAAUAUACGGCGCAUUGCGGAUGAGUUUUAUCAUAAAUGUUUAAAAGCAAGCUUUACAUCCAGCAAAAUUGAUUAUUACCAAUUGCCGCGACAUUUUCACCAUCGUAUAGUUAUAUUUGGACGCAGUGGCUCGGGUCGCAAAACUCAAGCGCUGGCGAUAGCAAAACGUUUUAAUUUGAUUUAUAUUAACGCCGAAAACUUGAUUUACACAACUUUCUUUCGAAACGAUGAAGUCGCACAAAAAUUACAUAAGGCAUUCUUAGACAAUGUGGCAAAGGAUAAAUCGUCUGCGGUAUCAAAGGCGAUACAGCAGCGCUUAUUACAAAUAGAUGCCCUACGACAAGGUUGGGUGUUGAUUAAUUAUCCACGAAAUGUGGAGGAAUUCACCGAGAUGUUUGAGACCUACAAAAUACCACCCAACAAAGUUAUUUAUUUGCAAUGUCCGGAGAUAAUGGCGAUGCGACGCCUAGUUGCAAAGCCAAAUUUGGGGUGCCCGCAAAAUACUUGUGAAUAUAUAGAACAUGAGAUGGCAUAUUUCUCACAAAACGAAACAGCAAUAAACGACUACCUCCAGCGCCGCCAUGAAACCAUCUAUAUAGACUCAACACCUUGUUUUGAGGCUGUGCGUACGAACUUAUGGACACAAAUGGAGCGUUUGCCUUAUGUAAUGGGUUAUAAAAUGUAAAAAGAA